UCAAGUCUGGCUGGCGCAACAGGUUGAACGAACGCAACUUGGCUGAUUUAAUGCCCAUUAAAGUGACAGGUCCAACCCUGCACGUUUUCCGUGAGCGUUUUUGUGAGCUUGCUGUGGACCUCUGGAAUGGUGAUAAAUCACGGAGGAAGACCCAAGGGAAACAAAAGAAAUAUGCU